AUGGAAGCCGUAGACAUCUCGCCCUCAUUCCAGCUGCAAGAGCUUCCUAAUUCUAAGGCGGGCUCUAUCCGCAGCACUCCGAUGAGUAGCCAGCCGAUCGACGUGGCUAGAGAACCAUUAGCGCCAGGAUCGGACGCCCCUGUGAAUGCCAAAAUCACCACCAGGGCUUGGCUCUCCAUUGCUGGCUCCUUCUUAUUCCUCUUCACAAGCUAUGGCUUCAUGCAGACCAUCGGCACCAUCCAGGCCUACUUGGAAAUACACCAGUUGUCGGCGUAUAGCUCGCGGGACGUCGGCUGGAUAACCGGUGCCUUCACGGCUCUGACCUUACUUCUCGGUAUCCAGGUUGGGCCUCUCUUUGAUGCGUACGGCCCGCAGUAUCUUGGCCCCGUGGGCUGUCUGGUCUACAUCCCUGUGUUCUUUGUGCUGGCCGAGUGCCACACCUAUUGGCAAUUCAUGCUUGUGAUGGGCAUCUGGGGCGGCAUCGGGGCUGCCAUUGUUUCCAUGGUAGGUAUCGGCGUCAUCAGCAAGUGGUUCACUCGCCGUCGAGGCAUGGCCAUGGGCCUAGCACUCUGCGGAUCGAGCGUUGGUGGCGUGGUCAUGCCGCUGAUGCUCCGAAAACUCCUGCCUACUGUUGGAUGGGCCUGGUCCAUCAGGUCGAUUGCCUUUUUGCUUUCAGCCAUCAUGAUUAUAGGUGCUCUAUGUCUGCAGCAUCCGCUUCCUAGUCCGCCUUCUGGUAUUCCGUUGGCAGUGCGCCGCAAGCGAGCCGUUCUCAACUUUAAGGCUCUCAAGAGCUGGACCUUUGCAUUUGUGACAGUUGGGCUUUCGGCUCUGGAGUUUUCCAUCUUCGGUAUCUUUUCUCUCCUCCCAACCUAUGCAAUGGUAGCCGGCUUCAACUCGGAUACCGGCUACACCUUAAUUGCCGUUGCCAACGCAACCUCUACGGCCGGCCGUUUCCUUUCAGGGCUGGCUAGCGACCAUUUUGGGCCAUUCAAUACCAUGGUUUUCAUGGUUCUUGUCACCACCAUCUUUACUGCUUCAAUCUUUGUUCCCUUUGGCUCAAGCUCGUUAGGCGCUCUGACCGCUUUCUCCGCACUCUGGGGCUUUGGGAGUGGCUCAUUUAUCUCACUAGCACCGGUUUGUAUGGGGUUGAUAUGCGAGACGGAGGACUACGGGAGAUACUUUGGUCUGUUCCCGCCAUUUCCUUGUAUCAUCUCUUUCUCGGCUAACUAG